AAGGUGUUACCAUUCAAUUUGACAUAUUACUUUAUAAAAUCAGCUUGUUUGAUUAUACAUUAAAUAGUGCUACAAAGAGAACGAUUUCUUUUUUUUCCUAAAUACAAAAGGCAUUUAACAUACAAAUUAAAUUACAUAUCAAAAAGUAGAAAUAAAAAGGGCAUGCCCAAAUAAACGUUGUCACAAGCUUAUAUUUGCUCUAUGUUUCUGUUUUGGAAUCGUCCUACUCAUUCAGCACGCCAAUCAGCUUUACAUAUUCGCGAACGCUUAGACCAAGAAUUUAUUGACAAACUUGAUCAGUUGCAUGAUGGAGCGCUACGAACUGGUUUGGUUACGAAGGCAGAUUUGCAAGAAGCAUAUAGAAAAUCGCGUGAUAUGCAGUAUAACUCAAGUCGCCUUAGUAUGUGGUAUACGUUUGGAAUAAUGGCCUUCGUUGUAUUGCUCACGCCCAUUUUUUUUGAAACCCUUACCUUUCUUUUGGGAGUGAAAUGCUUUUUACCCAACAAUCAAUUGGUAUGGGAGGCGACCCGCCCAAUUAGCGAUUGUGGCUUUUGUCGAAACGUUGAUGGUCCAUUAAUUUUGAAAAAUAUGUCACGCGAAGAAUUAGCUCCAUAUGCAUAUUCUACUCUGCCAAUUGUUAUUAAGAACGCCGUCAGCCAUUGGCCAGCAACAAGUUUGCUGAGCUUAGAAAUGUUAAAAGAAAUUUAUGGACGUUAUCCAGGGGCUUUGGAUGAAGACUGUCAUUUUUUGAAUUUUCAUUCAGAUCUUAAAUCCAUACGAGAUGUUUUCAAUAUGUCUCCAGAAAGAGCCAAUUUAAGCGUUGGUAGCACUUGGUAUGUUGGCUUCAGUAAUUGUCAUCUUGGAGUUCUUGAAGAAUUACGCAAAUUAUAUGGGCGACCUCACUUUUUACCCGUAGAUGCCGAGUUAUCAAAUAUAGACUACGUCUUUUUGGGUUACGAACAAGGAGCAUACAUGCAUCUGGAUUAUAUACAUCGUCUUAUGUGGCAGGCCCAAUUGAAAGGUAAUAAAAGCUGGAUUUUAGCUCCUACACCGGAAUGCGAUCACGUUUGUCAAUCUUUCUCAUUCUACGUUGAGCCGGGAGAUGCAGUUUUAGUUGAUACGCGUAUAUGGUAUCAUGGCACAUCUAUACCGAAAGGCCAAUUUGCGUUAACCAUACAAUCGGAAUACAGUUAAAUGAAUCAAUACUUUUAAAAACAGUACGCAAGUAAGCACAACAAGAGAUUAGUAAUAAAAAGAGCACACAAAAUGUGGAAAAUAUACUAACAAUGCCAAAAGAAAUUCGGUUUGUUCUAGUUUUCGGAAAGGCACAAAAGCGAACUCCCAUUUUGCGCAACGCUGCGUAUGUCUUCUGGGCUAAGUCCGCGUUAUAUCAUUAAUCGAGUAAGGUAUUGCCAUAUUGAAGUUUUCUUCAUAUGGCUCUGUUACCCAAAACAAAAGUGUUUAUUACUUCAUGGAAUGUCACGCUAACGUGCCAUUUUCAAACUGGGUCCAGCCAGAUUAUAUUGCGUGUAAUUUCCAGCGUAGCAGGCUCAUCAUAUGAACAUGCCGUUAUUAAAGAGGAAUUAAAUUUGUUACAACUGGCGGAAAUUAUCAUCAAAACGACGAUCGACGGAAGGCAUAGA